UUCCGUCCAACUCUUUCACACGUGUCUGUACACAAAUGACUGUCACGCAUAUCUUGCUCCAUUGCAACAUAAUCGAGGUUUGUUAGAGAGAGAGAGGGAGAUGGCGACGGAGGUGGCUACGAUGGCGGAGAAUUCGACGGCGGUGAGAAAAGCCGCCGCGGAAUGCUGCCGGAGCGGGCCAGGUUACGCGACGCCGCUCGCCGCCAUGUCCGGUCCCCGAGAGAAGCUCAUCUACGUCACCGCCGUAUACACCGGAACAGGGCGUGAGAGGCCGGACUACUUGGCGACAGUCGAUGUGGAUCCGAGCUCUCCGACGUUCUGCAGCGUUAUUCACAGAUUGCCGAUGCCAUAUAUCGGCGAUGAACUUCAUCACUCGGGUUGGAACUCGUGCAGCUCCUGCCACGGUGAUCCUUCGGCUGCCCGACGUUACCUGGUCUUGCCAUCUCUUAUAUCGGGUCGCAUCUAUGCAAUUGACACAAAGGCGAACCCGAGGGCUCCAUCUCUGCAUAAAGUCGUGGAACCUGAGGAGAUCGUGGCAAAGACGGGAUUAGCCUUCCCACACACAGCACAUUGCCUUGCUUCCGGAGAAAUCUUGGUGUCCUGUCUCGGCGAUAAAGAUGGAAACCACAAGGGAAACGGGUUUCUCCUCCUCGACUCUGAAUUCAACGUCAAAAGCAGGUGGGAGAAACCGGGAAACAGUCCUUUGUACGGCUAUGAUUUCUGGUACCAACCUCGGCACAAGACUAUGAUCAGCACAUCUUGGGGAGCACCUGCAGCUUUUUCGAAAGGUUUCGAUCUUCAGCACGUGUCCGAAGGGCUAUACGGAAGGCAUCUGCAUGUUUAUAGUUGGCCGGAAGGGGAACUCAAACAGAUACUCGACCUUGGCAACACCGGUCUCUUACCUUUGGAGAUUAGAUUCUUGCACGAUCCGUCUAAAGAUACAGGGUUCGUCGGGAGUGCCUUGUCGAGUAAUAUGAUUAGGUUUUUCAAGAACAAGGAUGAAACAUGGAGCCACGAGGUGGUCAUAUCGGUUGAACCGCUGAAAGUGCGAAACUGGAUUCUUCCGGAAAUGCCAGGGCUCAUCACCGACUUUCUAAUCUCUCUGGACGACCGAUUCCUCUACUUUGUCAACUGGCUUCACGGAGACAUUCGCCAGUACAGCAUCGAGGACCCCGGAAACCCUCAAUUGACAGGGCAAGUAUGGGCCGGGGGACUUCUCCAGAAGGGCAGCCCGGUUUUAGCAGUGGGAGAAGACGGAAAAACUUUCCAGUUCGACGUCCCCGGGAUCAAGGGACACCGCCUGCGAGGAGGGCCUCAGAUGAUUCAACUGAGCCUAGAUGGGAAGCGACUCUAUGCCACGAACUCGCUUUUCAGCGCAUGGGACCGUCAGUUUUACCCGGAACUCGUGGAGAGAGGCUCGCACAUUGUGCAGAUAGACGUGGAUACAGACAAAGGCGGUAUGGCCAUAAACCCGAACUUCUUUGUGGAUUUCGGGGCGGAACCCGACGGCCCUUCGCUCGCCCACGAGAUGAGAUAUCCGGGCGGCGACUGCACCUCGGACAUCUGGAUCUGAAAAUGGCUCCUCCUCGAAGAAGGAAGUGUGUGUGUGUGUGUAUAUAUAUACAUGGUGCGUUUGCAUUGCCUCUGUAUAGUCGAAUAAGGGCCAAGUAAUAACGGCAAGUGAUCACCUGACUCCGACUGGGAUCGAAGUGUUGAUUCAGACAAAGAGGCAUGUCUUCUAAAAGUCUUUAGGUUGUAAGGAAACGAAACUUUGUUUGGAUGUUAUUGUCACUCUGUAUGCGAAUCUAGCUGAGAAUAAAUUAAAAUCCUGUUUGGUAA